CGCACUCCAGGGCACUCCCAUCCACACCCACAUAUAUGUAUUUUUGCCCUGAAAAAAAGUGUAAAUAAAGCCUCGAUGGCCCCCAAUGAGGCGUUCCUUUCUGACUUUUUUGGAUCAAUCAAACAGACAGUGGCUUCUUUUGAUUAAAGCCCAAAUUGUCAUUGGGCAGAAGCAAUCAUGUGACAGCCAAUUCGGUCCAAUUUCAACCUUGUCUCCAUGAAUUCAAUAGUUUAAUAGUAGCGCGGUCCCCAUACGGCUGUAAUCAGUGAAUUAGAAAAAAAACACCCCAGCAGCGAUCUUCUAUGAUAGAUUUUUUUUUUCCUUCGCUCUCGCCUUUUUCCUGGGCCUUGCCCCCCCAAAGCCCCUCCAAAAGAGGGAACUUUUCCUCCGAGGGGGCUCCAAGGAGAAGGCCAUGAAUUACGAAUUUGAGCGAGAGAUUGGUUUUAUCAAUAGCCAGCCGUCGCUCGCUGAGUGCCUGACAUCUUUUCCCCCUGUCGCUGAUACAUUUCAAAGUUCAUCAAUCAAGACCUCGACGCUUUCACACUCGACACUGAUUCCUCCUCCUUUUGAGCAGACCAUUCCCAGCCUGAACCCGGGCAGUCACCCUCGCCAUAGCGCUGGCGCUGGCGGCCGCCCCAAGUCGAGCCCCGCGGGCAGUCGCGGCAGCCCGGUGCCCGCCGGCGCCCUGCAGCCGCCUGAGUACCCCUGGAUGAAGGAGAAGAAGGCGGCCAAGAAAACCGCGCUGCCGCCCGCCGCCGCCUCCACGGGCCCUGCCUGCCUCGGCCACAAAGAAUCCCUGGAAAUAGCCGAUGGCAGCGGCGGGGGAUCCAGGCGUCUGAGAACUGCUUACACCAACACUCAGCUUUUGGAACUGGAAAAGGAAUUUCAUUUCAACAAGUACCUUUGCAGACCCCGGAGGGUGGAAAUCGCCGCGCUGCUGGAUUUGACCGAGAGACAAGUGAAAGUGUGGUUUCAGAACCGGAGGAUGAAGCAUAAGAGGCAAACCCAGUGCAAGGAGAACCAAAACAGCGAAGGGAAAUUUAAAAACCUGGAGGAUUCGGACAAAGUGGAGGAAGACGAGGAAGAGAAGUCACUCUUUGAGCAAGCCCUCAGUGUCUCCGGGGCCCUUCUGGAGAGGGAAGGUUACACUUUUCAGCAAAACGCGCUCUCUCAACAGCAGGCUCCCAAUGGACACAAUGGCGACUCCCAAACUUUCCCAGUUUCGCCUUUAACCAGCAAUGAGAAAAAUUUGAAACAUUUUCAGCACCAGUCACCCACUGUUCCUAACUGCUUGUCAACAAUGGGCCAGAACUGUGGAGCUGGCCUAAACAAUGACAGUCCCGAGGCCCUCGAGGUCCCCUCUUUGCAGGACUUUAAUGUUUUCUCCACAGAUUCCUGCCUGCAGCUUUCAGACGCACUGUCGCCCAGUUUGCCAGGCUCCCUGGACAGUCCUGUAGAUAUUUCAGCUGACAGCUUUGACUUUUUUACAGACACACUCACCACAAUCGACCUACAGCAUCUGAAUUACUAAGAACAUUAAAGCAAAAGAAAGCUUCACAAAACAAAACGCCUUUGGCCAGGUGGCUUUGCCUUCUUUUAUUCCGGGAGUUGAUUUUCGUUCUAUUCUCUUCUCGAUCUACCCCUGUUCUCUUAAAUGUUCAGGACUUUCUGUUUUAAACCCAGUUUGAAAGCCAUCUCUUCCAAAUGAUGUUGGCGUUCUAAGUGUUUUACACCGAACCCAACAAGCUUCUAUGUGAUUUUCCUGAAAACAAAACACGAGGCCUGCAAGAAAGUGACCAUAAGUUGUCUUGUCACUUUCUUUUUAUUUUUGUACCACAUUAGGAUGCAUUGUCAUGCGUAUUUUUGGUAGAAUAAACUCUCCUCUGCUA